GGGUUUAAUAAUGGGUCACUCGGAACAUAUCAAAUUUUUCCGAAUGGACGGCGAUGGAUAAUUUUCAGAUACUGCCAGAUGACAUUAUUUUGUUGAUUUUCUCACAUUUAAGCUCAGGAAGGCUUUGUAUUUUAAGUAAAGUUAACAAGCGGUUCCAAAGACUUGUACAGGAUCGAAGCCUUGUCAGGUCAUCAACAUUUGAAGAAUGUUACAACAUUACAGAUGACAUGCUUUUGAAUUAUGGUGCAAAUAGUUAUCCUCAUGUAGAAUGUCUAAAUCUUGCCAAUUGUUACUGGUUCAAAAGCAGGUCAAUAGAAUGGGUUACCAGUAAAUGUAAACAAUUGACAGAGCUAUAUUUAGUUGGAAUUAAUUUGACAUCCAAAAAAAUUUGUAAGAUUCUUGGAUCUUUACCAAAGCUAGAAAAGUUUUCAUUCACAACACAAAAUAUUCAUGAAUUUGAUGAAGAAGUAAAUAGUGUGACUGAUGCUCAAAGGACAAUCGGUAAUUUGAAACACAUAACAAUACACUUUGAAGUACAGGAAUCAACUAGAACAGAUGUAGCAAUAUCAGUAGAAAUAAUACAUAAAAUUUCAUCAUUUUUUGAACAUUGCAACAAACUGGAAUCAUUGCAUGUUCUUGGUCAGCCAAAUAUUGGUGGUAGAAUUCCUAGACUAUUGGUUCAACCAAAUGUAGUUAAACUGGAAAACUUGUCACAUUUGCAACACCUUUCAUUAAACUGUGCAAUUGAUGCUGCAGCUAGGAUGUUUUACUAUGGUGCUUUAUUUUCAAUUGCCAAAUUGAAAAACCUUCAGUUAAAAACUAUUUUAAAUCCAUCAGCAAACUUUGAAAAUCAGUCUCAGUUCUGCUCUUCGUUUUGGCAAUCCCACAGAUCUCUGGAAAACUUAGAUUUGUCAAACAUUUGUCUGCAUAAGAUUUUCACUGAAGAUUGUGAUGUUUUGGAAGUGAAGCCACACUUACAGUAUCUGAACUUAGCUAAUACACAUGUCCAAGGUGUUAAUAUAUCAUUAACAUCAAUAGCCUCAUCAUGUCCAAAUAUACACAGUCUAAACUUAAUGAGCAGUAAGCUGAUGAACAAAUGGACAAUAUUAGGAAGAGAGGAAUUUGAUGUUAAUGGAUUUGGUGCCCUUGUAAGGUCAUGUAAUCAGUUAUCUCAUAUCAACUUAAGUGGUAUACAUGUACAUUGUCAUAACAUCACUUCAGAAAUCUGCAGGUGUUUAUCCCAACUAAAAGGUUUAAAGUCUCUGUCCCUGUCUCCAUGCUGUCUGCAUGUGGAGCAUCAUAAAGAGAGUGGAGCACAGAAAAGACCAGCUGAGGGUCCUUCUCAUGGUAGUAAGAAAAGACGGCUUGCUGCAUCAACUAAUGUUUUACAGGCCAGUACUUCCACUAGUGCUAAUUCAGAUUCAGAAGAGAAAUGGACCAAAGGUUUAGGACUAAUUGUUAAAAGCUGUCCCAAGGUGAUAAAGUUUGAGCUGAUAAAUGGUGGACUAAAACAAACUGUGAUACAAUCAGGCAAAUCAAAGCCUGCUCCAAGUGAAUAUAAACCUUGUUCUGAGUCUUUCAUGACAGCAGAUACACUCCUAUGUAUAUCAGGAUGGAAACAUCUGAGAUUUUUGCAGUUGGCCGGGAUACAUAGUGCAAUAUCAGGUGUGAGUUUGGUUGUCAUAGCAAAAGAAUGUAAACAUCUACAGCAGCUACAUUUAGCUUAUCUUGGACUGACAGCACAUUGUAUGUACAUAAAUCAGCUCUGUCAGGCCUUUCCAUACAUGGAAGCUUUAAAAGAUUUUAGGUUGGAACAUUCUUACCUUUCAAUCGACAAGACAUUCUGUACUUCUCUAUCUAAAUGCAAAACCCUAGAGAGGUUCUGUGUUGUGUCAAAGAAUGGCAGCAUAGAUAGUUCUGCAGUAGAGUACUUGAUGGAAAAGGUGCAAUCAUUGGUGGUUGUCCAGUUAUUUACAGAUGCUACACAGUCUUUAUGUAAAAAACUACAGAAAUCACUUAAAGACAGAUAUGAAUCUGUCCGUCCAGCGCUUAGUUUGGCCAUAUGGCCAUUGUUUGACGAGAAUGCAGCAUAUGUAAUGAAGAAUAUACCCAGAAAACACCUAGAAGAAAUGACUAUAUUUAACUCUAGGAUCUGUCAACAUCCACCUAAUUUUAAUUGGUGAUAUGUCAAAAUUUAAAUUAAAAAAAUUAAUUAUAAUUUAA